AUGGCAGAGGAAUCCACACAAUAUUUUUCAAAUAGCAGUGGCAAUAAGAACGAUGAAGACGACAACGAUGAAUAUUCACUAGAAUCGGUCAUAUCUGAGCUACCUAAAGCCAGUGGUUGGUCCAAAAAUGGUAUAUGCUUGUACCAAAACUGUUGGUUCCCAUCCAAUAUCAUUCCCAACAUCAUCUCCUUCCAAAAACAGUUCAAAGCCAAAGCCAAAGACGAAGACGAAGACAUGAUAAUAAUCCUGGCUUCCUUUCAAAAAUCAGGCACCACUUGGCUCAAGUCCCUUUUAUUUUCCAUUCUCAACCGCAGCCAACACUGCAGUGAGCACCACCCUUUGCUCACCACUACCCCUCAAGUCCUCGUGCCUUCUUUCGAGUUCACAAUUUACAAUUCCGAUCCCCGGCUGAUGCUCAACACUGACAGCUUGAGUAGCACUAUGCCAAGCAGCCCUCGUCGCUCGAUGUCUACGCACAUUCCCUAUGCAUCUCUUCCUCGUUCCAUAACCCAACAUUGUUCCAACCACUCUCGCAUCGUUUACAUCAGUCGAAACCCUCUCGACGUGAUCGUGUCUUUGUGGCACUUUGCAAGAGCUCACCCGGACCGUCACUCGCACGAGCUGACUGUUGGAGAUUUUGUGGACAUGUUUUGCAGCGGAGAGAUCAACUUUGGGCCUUACUGGGACCAUGUUUUGGGGUACUGGAAAGCGAGCUUGGAGAGGCCUGAGAAAGUGUUGUUUUUGAAGUAUGAGGACUUGAAAGAGGACGGUGUUGGCCAGGCCAAAAGGGUUGCAGAGUUCGUAGGGGUUCCUUUCUCUCGAGAGGAAGAGAGUGGUGGAGUUGUUGAGCAAGUUUUGGAGAUGUGUAGUUUUGGUAAACUCAAGGAUUUGGACGUGAAUAAGCAUGGCCAGUUUAAGCCUAACUUGGAUAAUAAAAUUUUCUUUAGAAAAGGUCAAGUGGGUGAUUGGGUUAACCAUCUUACUCCAUCUAUGGCAGACCGUGUCAACGAGAUAAUCAAGGAAAAAUUUAGUGGUUCUGGUCUGUCAUUCAGAAAUAUGUCUUAGAAUUAGAUUUUUCAGAUUUGAAUUAAUUAGUAAU